GUGGAGGGCGGAUUUUUUCCCCUCCGUUUGCCUUGUGCUUUGCACUCUGAAAGAAUGUUGUGCCUGCUCUUUUUUCUGGUGACUGCUAUUCAUGCUGAACUGUGUCAACCAGAUGCAGAAAAUGCUUUUAAAGUAAGACUUAGUAUCAGAACAGCUCUGGGAGAUAAAGCAUAUGCCUGGGAUACAAAUGAGGAAUAUCUUUUCAAAGCAAUGGUGGCUUUCUCCAUGAGAAAAGUUCCCAACAGAGAAACAACAGAAAUUUCCCACGUCCUACUUUGCAAUGUAACCCAGCGGGUGUCAUUCUGGUUUGUGGUUACAGAUCCUUCAAAAAAUCACACCCUUCCUGCUGUUGAGAUACAGUCAGCCAUAAGAAUGAAUAGGAACCGGAUCAACAAUGCCUUCUUUUUGAAUGACCAGACCCUGGAAUUUUUAAAAAUUCCUUCCACUCUUGCACCACCAACUGACCCAUCUGUACCCAUCUGGAUUAUUAUAUUCAGUGUGAUAUUUUGCAUUGUCAUAGUGGCAGUCCUGCUCUUGAUUUUAUCGGGAAUCCGGCAACGUAGAAGGAAGAGCAAAGGACCGUCUGAAGUGGAUGACACGGAAGAUAAGUGUGAAAAUAUGAUCACAAUUGAGAAUGGCAUCCCCUGCGAUCCUCUGGACACAAAGGGGGGGCACAUUAACGAUGCCUUCAUGACAGAGGAUGAGCGGCUCACCCCUCUCUAAAGGGCUGCUGUUUUGCUUCCCCAAGAAACUCACCACUUGUUUCUGUGCAACUGCUGCGCAUUAUAAAUGAUCAAGGGCAGAUCAUCGAUUUUGUUUCACCACUCUUCUAAGAAAUUUUGCAUGUGCAUGAAAGUAAAAGGCCAUCAUUUCUACCCAUGAAGACCAUUGGAAUCAUAAGCUGUUGACCACUCAAAAUAUUCUAAAAUAUUUCUCUGACAACAUAGUGUGUAAGUGUAGUCAUGUGGUGUCUUUAGUUAUUGGUUUAAAAGUGCGUUAGUAUUAAGUAUUUCUGGAAAUAUCUAUUUUUUCACCCUUCGAAGAUCUACAGAGAGAUAUUUUUCCAGUGGAGAAUAUGCAUAAUAUGGUGUAAAAAUCUUUGAAAAUGGAUCCUUUUUGAAUAUUGUUUAUAUCACUCUGUAUAUGACUAAGGAAGAAUAAAAUAUAAUGUUUGUAAUGGGAUAUGAAUGAUGUACGUGGGAGUGUCAGUACACAAGGUGGAAUUUGAUCCUGUUAUCAUACCAAUACUUAACUUAUUCUCUAUUGUUCUCUAAUAAGGCAGCCCUAUUGGUUGACUAUUUCUGCAGUUUGUAAAAGUACAGUCUCCGUGAAUUUAAUAAAAGUGCUAAUCAUCUCUUUUUAA